AUGGAUAUCACCUGGCUUUAUCACUAUACUUUGGAGUCGAAUAGGCAGUCAGCAGUGUGGACUAAUCACGAUGGGGAGAAGAAUGCAACCGAUCAGCAGACAGGGAUAUGGCAAUAUGUUAAUGGAAGCCAUCUGGUAAAUUCACAGUUAAUUCAAGAUUUGAAACGCAAAGUACUAAAAUGUUUGGAGAUGGAUCGAGCAUUGAAUGCUUCUCAAACAAAAACGUUCUGCCCUACCACUUUCGACGGAUAUUUAUGCUGGUUAAGAAGCGGACCAGGAACGCGAAGUUUUCAAAAUUGUCCAGAUACCGUUUUAGGUUUUGAUCCACAGAGAAGGGCUCAUAAAGAUUGCUUAGAAAAUGGAACAUGGUUUACCCAUCCGGAUACGGGAUUGGAAUGGUCAAAUUAUUCAAAUUGCGUCGAUAUGGAAGACUUAAGGUUCCGUAAUAUAGUCAAUAAUAUCUACUUCACUGGAUAUUGCAUAUCGCUGGUUACAUUAGCGAUAUCACUUAGCAUAUUUUUAUCACAUAGGUUACUACAUUGUACUCGCAUAUGGAUUCACGUACAUUUAUUUCUUUCGAUAUUAUUAUCAAAUUUACUAUGGAUAUUGUGGUACUUGUUGGUGGUUCCUGAUCCAUUAGUCAUCAGAGGAAAUCCGGCAUGGUGCAUCUGGUUACACUUAGGAAUUAAUUUAACGACGGUAUCAGCCCAUUUAUGGAUGUUUUGCGAAGGAGCUCAUCUUUACUUAGUUUUAGUUGUGGUAUUCCUUAAAGAAAAAGUAACAAUUAGAUGUUUUCUAUUCAUUGGUUGGGCUUUACCAGUUAUUCUCAUCAUAUUAUAUGGAAGUGUCAGAUAUUUUCAAAGGCCCGAUAAUGAAAACUGCUGGAUUGAUGAUAGCGUAACGAUGUGGUUUCUUACAUUACCUGUCUGUCUAGCACUUUUAGUCUCUGCAGUCUUUCUAGUGUGCGUAGUACGAGUUCUGUUGAAAAAGCUAAAUCCAUCCUCAAACCAAACUCCGCCUCUAGUUUUGAGAAAAGCAACCAGAGCUACAAUAAUUUUGAUUCCACUCUUUGGAUUGCAGCAUUUACUCAUUCCAUUCAGACCAAAUACUGGAACGUUUGCAGAAGUGAUUUAUCAAAUAGUUUCGUCUGUAUUAUUAAGCUCACAGGGAAUAUGCGUUUCAUGCUUGUUCUGCUUUCUGAACCAAGAAGUUCAUCAGGCGUUGAAAGGAACUUUCAGAAAAUUUUAUCAUCAAAAUAUUUUUAACAGAGAAUCAAUAACAAUUCUAGAAACAAUGCAAGUUAUGCCAAAUGUACAAAGUGAUGUAAAUAAUUAA